GGAGGUGUUUUCGUAGAGUCUCACGUAUUCACCUUCUACUCGCUUUGAAAUCCAUCGGUCCGCGCCGAAUCCACGCCGACCAUAGCGACACGUGAUCACGAGCACCUGGAAAUUGUUCGAUGGCUUGGCAUAUCGAACUUCGACUUCACGAUAGGCUAUUGCGGACGACAGCGACCACGUCCAUUCAUUCCGUCGUCGACUACAGGUUCGGAGGCCAUUCUAAACUAUCGAAAGAGUUAAAGGAUUGAGACUUGGGCCAUUGCCCUGACACAUCAUGUCGCAAGUCGUAGGGAAGACGCGCCUCGCCUACGCCCGCUCAUGGCACCUAGUCGACAUCGGCUCCGACCCGCGCGCCCUCGGCCGCGUCGCCUCCUCAAUAGCCCUCGCCCUAAUGGGCAAACAUAAACCCAUUUUCGACCCAUCGACCGACUGCGGCGACUACGUAGUCGCCAUUGACUGCACCAAUCUGCACACCACCGGCAAAAAGCGCUUCCAGAAACUCUACCGCACACAUACCACCCGCCCAGGAUCACUAAAGGAGCUGAGCAUGGACAGAAUGAUCGCAAAGUGGGGAGGCGGAGAAGUGCUGAGGAAGGCGGUGAGCGGUAUGCUGCCGAAGAAUCGGUUAAGGAAGGGGAGGUUGGCGAGAUUGAAGACGUUUGAGGGAAGAGCGCAUCCUUAUAAAGAGAAUUUGAUUCGAGUCGAGAAUGGAGGUGGGCAGAGCAUAUUGGAGCAUGAGGCCGUGCAAAGGACGUUCGCAGACGCGAAAGCAGCUGUAAAGGAAGCACCAGCAUCAUGACGGGACGAGAGGGUCAUUUAAGAACAUGUGGAAUAGAAAGCUUGUAAACCAGGGCUUGUAAGAUGUAUGUAGAUCUACGAGCGACAUCACAUGGCAUAUGGAGUUCAGCCGUCAAUAUGCUCUUUGUAGCAUACCAGCAAUGUCAUUUGAAUCUUUUACAAUAUAGACCAGCGAGGACAACUUGCCCUUCAACAGUCCUCUACGGGAAUGUGUACUAGAUGACUCUGGAGACACUAAACACGCAAACGCACGACUUAUAAGGGAGAUGGAAAAGCAUAGCAUUCUACUAUUACAAGUAAUCCAUGAAAUCACGGCUGAG